CAGAAUUAGUUCAAAGAGACCCAAAUCGAGCUCUUUUGAGCAGAAUUGUUUCAAAGAUACCCGAAUUAAGUUCUUUUUAUCCAGAAUUGGUUCAAAGAGAUCCAAAUCAGGUUCUUUUUAGCCAGGAUUGGUUCAAAGAGACCUGA